AUGAGCACUAAGAUGAGUGUUCAGAUUCAAUUAGGAAAAUCUGAGGCACAGUUUAUAAAUUAUAUCAGUAAAAGAGUGUCCCAAAUAAAGCCACCUAAACUGUUCACCCAAGCUCCUAAGGUUAAAGAGGUUCUCUUCGACUAUAUCCAUAUCCCAGGCAGCUUUCUUCUCAGGAACAGUUCAAGGAACGAAGGGGCACUUGUCGUCUCUGUUGUACAUGAAGAUGGUUCCAUAAAACACUUCACCAUCAACGAAAACGACUCCCAGUACUUCCUGCAAGACAAGUACUUUAAAACUAUCAAUGACUUGGUUCAAAAUUAUGCCAAAGAGGACGUCCCAAACUUGGAGAACAUCGCAAACGUGCGACUGCUUCAUCCCAUCAUCACUGCUUACAGUACAGCAACACCGCCUUUAACAGAUCCGUUCUCCGAGUCCUACCCUCCUUCUGGCCGUUCUCCUCUGAAUUACUCCAAGAGUUUUCCAAGGUCAGCAAUGACAAAUGGACCAAAGGGGAGGUACUUUUCAGACUCUGCAUAUCCAAUAGGUGAAUCACCCCCACAUUCUGCCACCAUUGCUACCACUAAAGGUAGGGCAGGAGGGAAAAGUAAGAGUGUCAAGGUGGGAUACUUGGAAAAUAGCCGACGUAAUGAAGCGGAGACCAAACCAACCUGGUAUAGGCGAGGUAGUAUGGAUGAGCAUCAAAGCAACACGAGAGAGACUGUUAGCAAAUCGAAUAAAUAUCGUAGAGGAAGUAUUGACGAUCGACCCCCAGCACCACCGCCAUUACCCCCGGAGGAACCCAAGUAUCUAGAAAGUCAGUCACAGACUUAUAUCUACAGCAGAGCCUAUGACACCGAUAUAAACCGAUUUCAGGAUCUGCUCGAAAAACUAAAAUUUUCCGACGAGCACCAAAAGUGUGACUGUGGUAUUUACAUCAAGGACUCUUUGUUUCCUGGUGGAUGGACCAUUCAUCGUAGCACGGAAGAGACGACAAAAGGAAUGGUGUUCUUUAUAAAUGAGGAAAAAACCGUCUCAUCUUGGACUUUGCCACAAGAGGUUAUUCAGCUGCUGGAGCCAUCACACUUUCAGACUCUGAAAAGUUUAGGUUUUAAUUUUGCUCUGUUUAGGGGAUCAUAAGUUGAGAUAUGCUGAUGCCUAAUUUAUUUAUUUAUUU